GAGAGACCUCCAAAGAUGAGGCGAUCCAUCGAAGGUCUUCCAUAACAUUUGCUCCAGCAACCAUCAUGAAAGAUUGUAGACUUACCUAUGCAUCGGGCUUGUUGUGUCUCAUUGUGUCCUCGGGGACCAGCUUCAGCACAGAUUGUCCCCUGAUACCAAACGCAUCCUUCCAUACACUUCCAUCAUCGUGUCCAACCACAAAAAACAACCAAAGCCUUCGGGAAAGUGCUUCAAAAAUGACGCACAUUAACAAUAUGAUCGCUUGUUCCGUUGGCGGUGGGGCGAAAACGCGUUCCCGGCUACCCUCCAAGAAACAACAGGUCGCUUUGCGAGCUACGCAAGCAGUGGAGUUGGAAGAAGGCGAGCAACGACAAAUACAAAGACGUCAAGAACGGGGCAUGGCGAUAGCCUUGUCUUCGGUCUAUUUUACCGUCAUGGGUGCCAAAUGCGCUUUACCUAGUGUAUUGCCCAUGCUUCUGGCGCCGUCGACGGGGUUGACGUUUAGUCCCUCGUGGACUCUUCCGCCACAACAAUUGAUGGCUCGACAGCUCACAGUGGCGACGCUGGCGGUGGCGGUUGGAAAAUUGGUCCUUGGACCCGUCAUUGACCACGUCGGAGGUAUUCGGUCUUUGCAAAUUGCCCUUUCGCUGCUUGCUGGAUUGUUGGCGUUGAUAUCUACUACGCAAAGCUUCUUGGUCUUUGCCGCGUCCUGGAUCUGCGUCGACUUUAUUUUUUCAUCCUGCUGGGCUGGUUGUAUCAACGCCAUUCACCAAGCAUUUUCGGCGGACCAAUGGGCGUCGCGAGUCGGUAUGCUGGCCGCUGCUGCCCGAGCCGGGAAUGCCGUCGCCUUUGCCUUGUUUGCUUCCGUACUGCAGUAUUUUGGAACCCGCAUGGUGCAACCCUGGAGGGUCGUGUUCACUGUUUCCGCCGCCCUACAAGUAGUCUCGGUGGCGCUUUUGACCAUUUUUGGUCGUGGGGUGUCGGACAAGGCGUCUGCCGAUCCUAGCGAAGAAUCGUUCGUACCCAAUAAAAAGCCGACAAUGAAAGAUUCCUUACUUGUUUUAAGGAGAGAAUCCAAGACUCCCGAGUUCUGGUUGCAUCUUGUCAGCCGGUCGUGUCUCAUGGUGUUUGCGUCAUUCCUACUCUUUGUACCAACGUUGAUGAGUCAAGUAUACCGGUCGACGCCAGCAUUUGCCGCCCAAACAGGAUCUAUCUACGCCGUUGGAUGUUUGCUGUCUAUAUCACUGGGAUCAUCAUUGUACGCGAAAAUAUCGAAGCGCAAACAAGCAGCUUCGUUGGUGGCACUAUUGGGAGCUGCUGCCGUCAGUUCCAUCGCCCAACUACUGCACGUCGCGGGAAUUUGGACACUGUCUGAAACUGCCGCUGCUGGAUUCCCACCAUCGCUCUAUGCUCUCGCUCGGGGAGGAGCUAAAUCAUCGGCCACGAUAGCAGACGUUUUCGACAUUGGGGGGUUUGGACUGCUCGCCGCCUUCAAUGGCUACGUCGCCGGCAUCGAGCACGCCGUGAAGUGUUAA